CACGUAAGACAACACACCAAAGAGAGAGAAAAAGACAAAAAAAAAACAAAAUAAAAAAAGAGAGAGAGAAAGCAAUCUGAAGAAGGCGAUUGGGUAAGCGAUGCACAUCGUCUUCUCUGUCGAUGAUUUGACCGACUCCUUCUGGCCACCUCCCCCUCCCGAACCCUCACCGUCGCAGCAGCAGAACAUGCCGCCCGACGGGAUGACUCGAAGUCAAUCGGAGUGGGCGUUCCAGAGACUUCUCCGGGAGAUGUCAGCCUCCGACGAAAGCCCCACCACGAUCAGCGUCAGGUCGCCUCCUCCGCCUGUUCACUCCGAGCAGUCUCUUUCCACCGUCGACGAAACCGCCGACGUCGUCGAAAUACAGAAGCCUCCGCCGCCUCGGAAUCCGGCGGUUGAUGAUCGGAACCGUGCGCGAUCUUCUUCUGAUCCGUUGGUUUCUGAUUGCGUUGAUCCUAAUCAGUUCCGUGCGAUUCUCCAGAGCAAGCUCGAGAUCGCCUGCGCUGCUGUUGCGCGUCGUGUGGGAGCUGUGAAGCCGGAAGAUUCGAGUGCCUCAGGUGUGAAUCAAAAGCUAUCUCCUCCUCCAGUGGGAUCUCAAGCUCAAGGUUCUGUUGUUGUGGCACAAACCUCACCUGGUGCUUCAUCUGUUAGAUCUGUUCCCUCAACAAGCGUUAAAAAGAAACCUGAUGUUGUUGUUCCAGCAAGGCAAACCACCAGUAUUUCUUCACGAGAUGAUUCUGAUGACGAUGAUCUUGAUGGAGACACAGAAACUGCUGAUAAUGGAGAUCCUACUGACGUUAAGCGUGCUAGGAGGAUGCUCUCAAACCGAGAAUCUGCUAGGCGCUCCAGGAGAAGAAAGCAAGAACAAAUGAAUGAAUUUGAUACACAGGUGAACCAAUUAAGGACUGAGCAUUCAACUUUGCUUGGUCGUCUUACUGACAUGAAUCAGAAGUAUGAUGCAGCUGCUGUCGACAACAGAAUUCUCAGAGCUGACAUCGAAACUCUGAGAACAAAGGUUAAGAUGGCAGAAGAAACAGUGAAAAGAGUGACAGGAGUGAACCCUCUGCAGUGGGCAGGACCAAACAUGGGCAUGCCAGUGAACAACACACCGAGAAUCCCAAGUACUACUGGUGCCGGUUUAGCACCAAACCAGAGAGUAGAGGUGAACCGUGAAGGCACGCCGAAUCUGUAUGAACCCAUGCCCCAUUGGAACCACAAGCAUUAACUACAAGAUUCGAGUAAUUUGGUUUUGUGAUUUUUGAGGUAACUCUUUAUCUUGCUUCUUUGUUUCUGUGUUAUUUACUGUGCGACUCCACGAUUAUGCUAUGUAUAAGUGUAAGGGUAACACUGUACCCAUUUAUAUAUAUAUUUGGAAAUAAUUGGAAGAAUGUUAACUUUAA